AUGGCGUCUCAAUUCCUAACUUUCAUCUUCUUGAUCUCUGUCUCAACCCCAUAUGUUUUCGCCGAUGCCACCACCAGCACCAAAAUCAGCACCGAAACUGCAGACGAGAUUCUUGAGGAAUACGACUUCCCUAUUGGUCUCCUCCCCAAAGGUGUAACAGGCUAUGACUUUGAUACAUCCACUGGUAAGUUCGCUGUCUACUUGAAUGAUACGUGUACUUUCACCGUUGAUUCAUACGAGCUCAAGUACAAGUCCACCGUCACCGGUGUUUUAACCAAAGACAAACUCUCAAGUUUAAGUGGAGUUCAAGUCAAAGUAUUCCUAUUUUGGAUUAGCAUUAUUGAAGUCAUCCGUGACGAUGAUGAGCUCGAGUUCUCUGUGGGCAUCGCUUCCGCUGACUUUCCCGUCAGUAAUUUCGAUGAGUCUCCGACUUGUGGGUGCGGCUUUGACUGUGUCAAUGCAAGCAGAAAGAAGGCCAAGUUUAGUCCUUUACUUUGGUCCUCUUGAAAGAGUAAAUUUUUCCUGUAGAAUUGAAUAAAUUGAGAAUUAAACUCGGAGCAUACAUGUUUGUUCUAUGCUCUAUUAGAUUGUAUCGUACUAUCGUGCAUUUACCUAUUUAGCAACAUGACUGUUAUAAAGGCUAUAAAGACAGGGUUAUUUCAUUUCUUUACCAUUCAUCGUCAGCGCUUUUGGAGGCGAGUGGACUAAAUACAUAGAAUCUAUUCUGUUUACUUUGUUUUUUCAACCGAAUAAGCAUCCUUCUUGGGCUAAGCCAGCCUUACCCAUGGCCGUCAUGUCCCUCACAGUCACGCCCGUUUAUCUCUUCUUCUUUUUUCUCUUCAUCUUUCUGAACCAAUGCCCUCUUGCCACCUCAACUACCUCCACCAACAUCACCGAUUCCGAUCCCCAGACAGCCUACGAAAUUCUUAAUUCCUUCAAUUUUCCCCGCGGUCUCCUCCCAGUAGGUAUAAAAAGCUAUGAUCUCGACAAAACUACUGGCCAAUUCCACGCCUACUUGGGCGGCACCUGUAGUUUCUCUCUAGAAGGCUCUUAUCAACUUCAAUAUAAAUCCACCAUUGGCGGGCACAUAUCGAAUAAUAGACUCACUAGCUUGACUGGGGUCAGCGUCAAAGUGUUGUUUCUGUGGCUGAAUAUUGUGGAGGUUAUUAGGAAUGGAGAUAAUAUUGAUUUCUCCGUUGGGAUUGCUUCAGCUUCGUUCCCGAUCGAUAACUUCUAUGAGAGUCCACGGUGUGGUUGUGGAUUGGAUUGCUUGAAUGGGCAAGUAAGCAAGCUUAGAACGAAAUCUUUUGUUUCUUCCAUUUAGAGGGAUUCAGAUUCUUCUAGAAUUCGAAACUUACUGAAUUUGGGAUGUGUUCAAUGGGAUUAGUUUAUGUUAUUUAUUGAAAUUGUUGAAGUUUUAUCUGGUUUGGAUCUGGGAUUAAUUUCUUCAUCUAUUUAUUUUCUGUUUGCUUA